AUGGCGGCGCCCUGCAGGAGCUGGCUGGCCAACGAGGCCCUCAAGCACCUCUGCCUGCUUACCUGGCUCUCCUUGAACAUCUUUCUUUUCUGGGAAACCUUCCUGCUGUAUAAACAAGGACCGGAGUAUUACUACAUCCACCAGAUGUUGGGGCUAGGGUUGUGUCUGAGCAGAGCCUCUGCGUCCGUUCUUAAUCUCAACUGCAGCCUUAUCCUCUUACCUAUGUGUCGAACUCUCCUGGCUUACCUCCGAGGAUCCCACAAGGUUCCAAGCAGAAGAACCAGAAGGUUGUUAGAUAAAAGCAGGACAUUCCAUAUAACCUGUGGUAUCACCAUUUGUAUUUUCUCAGGUGUGCAUGUCGCUGCCCAUCUCGUAAAUGCCCUGAACUUCUCCGUGAACUACAACAAAGAGUUCACUGAACUAAAUGCAGCACGGUACCAAGAUGAGGAUCCAAGAAAACUUCUCUUCACAACUGUUCCUGGCCUGACAGGAGUCUGCAUGGUAUUGACGCUCUUCUUGAUGGUUACAGCUUCUACAUAUGCCAUGCGAGUUUCUAACUAUAACAUCUUCUGGUAUACUCAUAAUCUCUUCUUUGUCUUCUACAUGCUGCUGAUAUUGCAUGUUUCAGGAGGACUGCUGAAAUACCAGACUAAUUUAGAUACCCACCCACCUGGCUGCAUCAAACUUAAUGGAACCCAUUACCAGAAUACUCACUCACUGGAUUAUCUCUCAGAAUACUUCUAUGAAUCUUUCCCUCAAGGAUCUUCAAAACCAGAUGAACUUACCCAGAAAACAUUUAAGAAGAUUUGUAAGGAGGAACCCAGAUUUCAAGCAAACUUUCCACAGACGUGGAUCUGGAUCUCUGGCCCCCUCUGCCUGUAUUGUGCUGAAAGGCUCUACAGGUGCAUCCGGAGCAACACACCUGUCACCAUUCUCUCGGUCACAAGCCACCCGGCAAAUGUCAUGGAAAUUCAGAUGAUCAAAGAAAAUUUUAAAGCUAGGCCUGGCCAGUAUAUUAUUCUACAUUGCCCCAGUGUAUCUGCAUUGGAAAAUCACCCAUUCACCCUCACAAUGUGCCCUACUGAAACCAAAGCAACCUUUGGGGUCCACUUCAAAAUAGUAGGAGAUUGGACAGAACGUUUUCGAGAUUUACUACUGCCUCCACCUAGUCAAGACUCUGAGAUUCUGCCCUUCAUUCAGUCUACACAUUAUCCCAAGCUCUAUGUCGAUGGUCCCUUUGGAAGUCCAUUUGAGGAAUCACUGAACUAUGAGGUCAGCCUCUGCGUGGCUGGAGGCAUUGGGGUAACUCCAUUUGCGUCAAUCCUCAACACCCUUCGGGAUGACUGGAAACUGUACAAGCUUAGAAGAUUGUAUUUUAUUUGGGUGUGCAGAGACAUCCAUUCCUUCCGUUGGUUUGCAGACUUAAUCUGCGUAUUGCAUAACAAGUUUUGGGAAGAGAACAGACCUGAUUUUAUGAACAUCCAGCUGUAUCUCAGUCGAACAGAUGGACUCCAGAAGAUAAUUGGAGAUAAAUACCAAGCACUGAAUUCAAGACUUUUUAUCGGACGUCCUCAGUGGAAACUUCUAUUUGAUGAAGUAGCAAAAUGUAAUAGAGGGAAAACAAUUGGUGUCUUUUGCUGUGGACCCAGUUCCAUUUCCAAGAUUCUUCAUAAACUGAGUAACCAUCGCAACCCAUAUGGGACAAAAUUUGAAUACAAUAAAGAAUCUUUCAGCUGAAAACAGUUGAGAUGAACCAUAACUCUAAAGAGGAAAUGAGUGCAAUUGCUAAGACUUAAAACUCAGCCAAAUCAAACAACUGUGUCAUGCCAAAGAAUAGCAAACUUUUCUGAAAUCUGAUUACUUAAACUGAGAAUGUGUCACAGGACAGGUCCCAUUGCUUCUUUAACCUGAAAGCCAAAGAGCCCUGAAGAAUAUUUCAUAUGAUGAUUUCAGUGUUCACAUUUAGAGAGAACAUUGUUGACUUUUAUUACAGAUGCAAGAAAGAAGUGAGAGCUGCCCUUGCUCCUGUGGGAAUACUAGCCUUCUUCCUCUUGAAAUUGUUUUUGGCUGAACAAAUGGAAGGCUGAUCAAAAUUAAGAAUUGAAACUCCAGAUUGCAUUUUUCUACAUGCUGAUAGAGUAGGCUUGAUUUGGAUCAAUUCCAAACUAAUGUAUUAAAUGUUGUAAAAUUGAGCACAGGACUCUGUUGAUACGGGUAGUUUGUGUCAAUAUCUAAUCUUCCUCACUACUGAUACGGGCACCUUUGUUUGACAUCAAUAGGCCUUAAGCUUCAUGGAUAUUAUUCUGCAAAUGUUAUAUAGUAUCUAUUUUUAUAUUUUUAUUCUUUCCUAUCUGUCUAGGAAAAUUUGCCUUCCUUUGGCAUGCAUUAGACACAAUUAUUUAAUUUAACCUGUUCAUACAUGAUUUUAACCUAUUAUUGCAUAAUAUGAAGGAAUAUAUUAUUAUGAUUUAUAAAGAAAUUUAUACUCAAUAGCCUUUUACAUGUUUUUGUACUUAUACUUUUUAUCAAUGGUAUAAUAGUUUCCAA